ACACCGGAAGUGUGAGUGAUGUCUCGUUAAACAUGAAAACGGAACAUGAAGCUUCGUGUUUCAGAUAUUUAGGGCAAUCGGGUGAAGACACUUUGAGCGGGAACCGAGAAAACCGUUUUUUCCCUGACUAGGCGCGGCGGAAGCAAUUUAUACUUCGGAUUUACUGAUUUACCGACUAGUUUCGCGGCUGGUGUAAUUUUUACGAGGCAAGAAACUCAAGAAAAUCGACGAUUUUGGUUAAAAAGAAGUCACACUGGAGAUUUGCGUUACAGUUCAAAAUGGCUCGUCGUUUCAAUUCAAACAGAUGAAGCGAACCAAGAAGGUCUUUGUGGUGGAAAGCUGUAGAUUUAUAUCACCGUUAAGCUGGAAUUUUGUGGAUGUUUUUUUGGAUAUUUUCCACCAGUAUAGGAAGCAGCUAGCCUUGCAAAUUUCGCGCAAGUGACUUGCAUAUUUCUUUCCAACGGACAAGCCACUGAGGGCGGGAGAUAUGAAUUCUCCGCCGUUUAUCGGUGCGUCCAUUGGGUUAGGGAUUUUAGUUUUCCUCCUUACUCUUGCUAUUGUGGGAAUUGUUUUCCUCCGACGAUAUCUGAAGACGCUGAACGGUCCAAAACCAUCUCGGAAGCUUGGAACCUGCAUCACUUCAAAAGAGCCACCGGGAUUCGUCAUCCCUCCGUACACUUUGAUUACGGAAGAAAGCGAUGGAGGUGAAACUAUGAGUGAAUAUGGUGAAAAUAUUGAAGAGGAUACAGCAAAGCUCUCCCCUCCUUCGUUCAGACGAGCUCUCUCGAUGCCAUCGGGUCCAAUGGGAAAUAAGCAAGGAGUUUCUCGUUGUGAGGAAGGCGAAUCAGGGACAGCAGGGAUUUCAACAAAGGAGUUUCGACCUCAGUAUAGGAGAGCUGUAUCUCAAUUCGUUCCUCAAUCUGUUCAAAUGAAGAGGGAGUCGGCAAGGAAGGUGUCGGCUGCACCAUAUGGAAAGCUGGAACUCUCGUUACAAUUUGUGACUGCCAAAAAUUUGCUGAUCGUUCAGGUGAAUGGCGCUUUUGAUUUGCCUCAAGUGCGUCUAUCCGGGAUCUCCACCCCGUACGUCCGUGUACAUUUGUUACCAGGGCAACGGCACAAGGACACCAGGUCCAACUUCUUGAAUCUUGGAACAAACCGGAUUUGCAUGUUCGAUCAAAUCACUUUAGAAGAAGCACAAAGUUCUACCCUAAAGUUUGUGGUCCUUGACUAUGACAAGUUUUCGCGGAGUGAGUUUAUUGCCGAGGUAAUGUUGUCACUUCUCGAUGUAGACUUGGCAGAAGGAACAACAAUGUCACUCCACUUGAACUCCAAAACAAUCUCUGAGUCAGAUGACCGAGGUUCGUUGACGCUAUCGUUGUGUCAGCAGCCUACGGCUGGUCAUUUACACGUCAUCAUUAUGAAAGCAACUGGACUCCCUCCCCCUAAGUCUGACGCACCUGGAGGCCUUGGUAAAUGGCUUUUUACUUUCAACGUUUCAGCUUAUGAUACUUUCAGUUAUAAAUUUCAUUACACAGUUAAAAAUGGCCUCUCCGCAUGAAGGCCCAGUAUAGUCAAACGAACGUUCGGAAAUCGAACUCAAUGGGACUCAAUCCGUGGACUGAGUUCGAAUGAGUUCGGAAGACGUCAAAAUGUGGUAAGAUCAUCGGUGACACACUCGGCUAUCGCAUCGUGUACCACGUUUUUAUUUGUUCCUUCUACAUUUUGACGUCGUCUGUGAUCAAUUACUGAACACACGUGCGGCAACAUGGAAUCUAUUUGUUAAAUCUACUAUUUCCAGUAUCUAUCAAUACGUUUAAACACUAAGUAGAAAUGUUCUCUUAUGAAUGUACUGAAACCAAGAUCACAUUUAGCCAAUCAUAACGUACCCAGAAAUGGCAAGCAGCCAAUCAGAGCUCACAAUCCAGUUGAACCCUGCAGCCGAUGGAAAGCCUGGGCAAAAAGCGCGGGAAAAGUUGCGAACCCAGGGCUCGGAAAAAACUUAAAUUCUAGCUUGCCCUUCGGACAAGCAGCUCUCAAAUUUUGCUCGCCCUCGGCAAGUCUUAGUUUA